AUGCUCAAGCCAUUCAAGCUGAAUAAUUUCACAAACACAACGAAACCAAUAAAUAUCUUGUACCAUUUUAAUGAUUCGCUGAUUGUUGGAUCGACCAAUCAGCUUCAAUUCCAGUCUUAUAGGCAUAACACGUACAAUAACAUCAACCUCGAUUUUACGCCUAAACAGAUUCUACAAUUCAACAAUUCGCUCGUUAUGCUCGAUACAGAUGGUGUCUUAUACCACUUGAACGGCUACAACCCACAGAAAUCAAAUAUCAGAAACGUUAUUAAACUCCUUCAAUCUAGCAACUCAAUCGUAGUCAUCAGACAGUCCAGCAUCGGUCGUCUCAAACUCAGUCCAAGACUCACCGUCAUCAACGAACUACCUUUGCCUUCUCUUCACUUAGACUCAGCUAUAAACAAUGACGUCAUUUGCUUGGCUGAUACUGCAAACACGUAUAGCCUCCUCAACCUCACUAACUCCGUACUCCUCCCCUUAUUGCCCUUUGAAGGCUCUCCGUCCAUCACCUCUAUCGAUGACGCUGACGAGUUUUUAAUGAUUACGCAUAACGAUUUGGGUGCUGUUGGUGUCUUCAUCGACUCGUACUCUGGUGAACCCAAACACGGCCCUCUUCAAUUCCCUUCAACCAUAAAAUCCAUUGUGCACCAAUCCCCUCACUUAUUCACCCUUCUGAGCAACAACACUCUGCAGAUCCACUCCACAAUUACACAUUCUCUUAUUCAUUCUCUAUCCCUAUCUCAUUUACAUCCCAUGUUCCUCCAAUCCACUCCACUCGGUCUAAGCAUUCCUCAAUCAAUACCCAAUCAGCUACACUUUGUUUCUUUUCCUUUGUUGAAUACCUCUGUAGACUACUCAAACGCUUCAAACCGCCCUUCAAACUCCUCUUCCCAGCUUGAAUCGACCCAAGUCAUCUUGGCAACUGACACUGGCAGCAUACACGCUUUCAUUCCUCCCUCAAUCUUCGACCAAUCAAUAUACCUCCUGGAUAUGGAGAACGACAACGCCAGACAGCAGGCGUUAUCUCUCGCCAACAGUCUGCCUACAGAUUCACUCGAAAGUUACUACAUUCACCUUUACGCAGCCCUCCAGCUAUUUAGAUCGACAUCCUUCAGUGAUGCCUCUGCUCUAUUCUCUAAAUCCCAAUGUGACAUUCGCCUCAUCCUCAGCUGGUUUCCUGACCUCACCGCUGGUUUAUUCGACCCGGAUGAGUUUGUCAAGAUUCCUUUGGGGAUUGCCAAUCUUAUUGAAAAUAUACCUCGUACAAUAAAAGACCUUAUCGUUGGCAAUCUUGAAAAAAACUACUCGCCGUAUUUAAACGUUGAGAGCGACGAGCCAGUUCGACAACUUUACGACUCAUUGAUGGAAAAUGCAAGAAGCAUGCUACUUGAAUGUCUCAGCAAGGAGCAUAGACGGAGGAGGCGAGCAAGGCAGGCGACUUAUCAUGAAUCAGAGUCAUAUACAGACAUGAUUUUAGAUACGUGCUUGGCUAUUAUAUUUGCUGAGAGGUCGGAUAAAGAUAGGAAUGCUUUGAACGUGUUUAUAAACAAUUCCAACAACAUCUUGCUACCCAUUGCUGAGCCUUGGUUCACCAGAUAUGGCAGAUACGCUGCACUAUCCCGCCUCUAUGAAUCUCAUGGAGACAUCAAAGAGGCUAUCAAAAUACACAAAAGAUUUAUUGAACAAACAAUCGUUGAUAAGGACGUGGUUGAUCCACUUAGGGAUAUCAUACGGCUGUUGAACAGAGUCGAAGAGGCGGAUCUAUUACUUGAGUACGGCUUAUGGCUCAUUUUGUAUGACAGGAAUGCUGGUCUGCAAGUGCUGUCGUCUCAUCCGCGAACUUCGAUCGACGAAGGAAUAUUACUUGAAGCCCUUGGGCGGACUGACAAGGUGGCUGAGCAGGAGUACCUUGAGAUUCUCGUCUUGGCGCGCAACAGAGAAGAUACGGGAAUGCGACAGGCUCUUCUUGACAUGCUCAUUGGGAAUGUCGUCGAAGCAUUGAAGGACAGUAACAUAAGUGGGGAUAUGUGGAGAUUGAUUGAGGAGUACAAGUUGCAGAAGCACGAUCAGUCAUACGCUCAAUAUGUCACAGCAGUUUUGGAUACCACUGAAAUCUCUCCAAUGACCAAGAAUGCUAUCAUCUCUCGUCUCAAAUUACUCCUUUUUUUACAGAUGGCCAGCGACCUUGACUGGAAUUCUAUUGAAACAGCUUUACACCCUUUCACUGAGAGCACGUUGUUAUUCGAGAAGGCUGUAAUUCUUGGAAAGCUCGAGCAACAUAGUGCAGCUUUAAAUAUACUAGCAAGGAACUUGAGAGACACAUUUACAUCGCAGCAUUAUUGCGCCUUUCCUGGUUAUAUAUUGAGCGGUAGCUUGGCGAGAAAGUGCAUAGACAAUUCGCACCUCUCCAACUGUUGGCUCGUUGCUCUGGCACGCACUUCAAUGGUGGCAGUGGCGCCGCCUUUACGAAGCCACCUCUUGCGGAUCUUAUUGGACGUUUAUAUGGCUGAUGGAGAUGUGUUUUCUGCUGAGAUAGCAUCAUUACUAGGAUCACAAGCUUUGCAUCUCAAUUUCUUAGAGACUCUACCGAGAAUUCCCAAUGACACACCACUCAUCUCCAUCAAGGACUUUAUGCUCCGUCAACUUCGUCGCACAGAACACAAGAAACGUGAACUUAGUAUAUUAAAGGGUGUAGCAGCUGCAGAAAAUCUCACAAAGACAGAAGAGGCAUGGUUAGCCACACGGGAAGCUGGGGCUAUUAUAGAGGAGGCAAUCGAUGACGCCAAUCAAGUCGACGGGAAUGAUAAGUAG